CAUGGGUAGUGUUGUGAGCCUAGUGAUAGUUUGACAAGGCUUUCGUAGAGGUUGUGUUAGUAGUGUUUCCAUGGGUAGUGUUGUGAGCCUAGUGAUAGUUUGACAAGGCUUUCGUAGAGGUUGUGUUAGUAGUGUUUCCAUGGGUUGUGUUAUGAUCCUGAUGGUAGUUCGACAAGGCUUUUGCACCAUGAACGUGAAAAAAACAGUCAUGGGAAGCCGACUCACACACACACACACACACACACACACACACACACAUACAUACUCUUAUUGAAUCGUUCGUCUGGCAGCAUUCUACCACUUGUGAGAGAGUUGAGCGUAGGCAAAAUUAGACAGAAGCUUCUUGUUCUGUGCCGUGUGUGUGUGUGUGUGUGUGUGUGUGUGUGUGUGUGUGUUGCUAGGAGGGUUAUGUUAGUCAGCGUUCAGUGUGUGUGUAUGUGUGGUGUGUGUGUGAGAACGUGUGUGAAGUAUUGAAAAGGGAUAAGGAAAGAAAAAGAAAAAGGAAAUGAAAUAGAAAUAAUACAAUUGUUGGUUGAUUCUGGGCAGGUGAAGAUACAGGUAAAGAAAAUUAAAGGAACAGGUAUGAAAAAGUGUUAGAAAAUGAAAACGAAGGAAAAAGAAUGAAAAACGAAAAGGAAAUAGAAAGAAUACAGAUGACGGCGGAUUCUGGGCAGGCAAAUGAAGGUGAGAGUGAAGAUACAGGUAACGAAAGCAAAAGGAACAGGUAUGAAAAAGUGUUAGAAAGGGAAAAGGAAGAAAAAAGAAUGAAAGACGAAAAGGAAAUAGAAAGAAUACAGAUGACGGCGGAUUCUGGGCAGGUAAAUGAAGCUGAGAGUGAAGAUACAGGUAACGAAAGCAAAAGGAACAGGGAUGAAAAAGUGUUAGAAAGGGAAAAGGAAGAAAAAAGAAUGAAAGACGAAAAGGAAAUAGAAAGAAUACAGGUGAUGGCGGAUUCUGGGCAGGUAAAUGAAGGCGAGAGUGAAGAAGACACAGGUGAUACAAACGAAAAGAACAGGAAUGAAAAAGUGAUGGGAACGGAAAUAGAAGAAAAAAUAAUGAAAAACGAAAAGGAAUCAGAAAGCAUACAGAUGACUUCGGACGCUUGGCAGGUAAAUGAAAGUGAAGAUGCAGGUGAUGACGACGAAGACAGGUAUGAAGGAGUAAUUCAGAGGUCUCGAGCACCUGACGGAGGCUGGGGCUGGGUGGUGGCCCUGGGCUCCUCCAUAGUGACCACCCUGCUGUUCUCCGUGCCCUUCUCCUUCGGCAUCCUGUUCUCCGGGUACCUGCUCUCCGUCGCCGCCUCCGCCACCGCCACCGCCUGGGUCUACAACUUGUUCCUGGUGGUCCUGAACUCCUCCAUGAGCCUCGCCAACGCCCUGGGACAAGAGUUCGGGCGGCGGACGGUCGGCUUCGCCUGCGUCUUCAUGUGUUCCGUGUCCGCAGUCCUGUCCGCCUUCUCCCCGUCGGUGUAUUUUCUGUAUUUUUCGUUCUCUCUCGUGACAGGUCUGGGCACGGGUGUGGGUAUAGCCACGGCCUACAUCGUUCUACCGCCCUACUUCGACAAGAAGAGCGGGAAGGCCAACAUCUUACUAACCACCGGCGCGCCAGUGUCCCAGAUGGUGUUCGCGCCCCUGCUGCGUCUCCUGCUGGAGCUGUACAGUUACCGCGGCGCCGCCCUGAUCUACAGCGGCGUGCUCCUCAACGGCCUCAUCGGCAUGGCGUCCUUCCACCCCGUCAAGUGGCACCUGAAGCCUCCGUGUGAAGAUGCGACGCGGCCGCCGCAGGACGCUGUGCAGCCCUUGAUGACACAAAAGAAGAACCCUCCCACUGCUGUGACCACCGCCGCGGCGAGGCACAGCAGCCACUCCCCGCCAGCCACACCGUCGACUCCCGUCAACCCGUCGCUGCGGGGAUUGCGACGGCUCAGCCACGGAAGCUUGGCGUCCGUCAUGACCGCCGCGUCGGCUGAUGUGCCCAUCGGGUUGGCGAUGCUGGGCUUGGAGAGGGAGGCGUCGACAGGACAGAGCCAGCCAGGGUGUGCCAAGACUCUGUGGAGAACCCUGAGGCGCGUGGCCCGGACCACCAAGUCAGACAUGGGCGUGGCGCGGCACCUGCGGGCCCUCAUCCUGGCCGGCACCUUCGCGCUCACGCAGACGACGCACUACAACUUUGUGAUGCUGCUGCCCUUCGCGGUGCGCGCCGCGGACCACAGCCUGCAGGACGCCGCCUGGUGCAUCUCCCUCUUGGGCGUCGCCAACUUCGUGGUGCGUCUCGUGGUGUCGCCCCUUGCGGACUGUAAAAGGUUCAGCAUCCGCGCCUCCCUCAUGGCCGGCUACUGCCUCAAGGCUGUGGCCGCGAUAGUGGCGUUGUUCGCGGAUGAGCUUUGGCUGUUCGCCGCGUCUGCCGUGCUGUUCGGCGUGGGCAUCGGCGCCUCCGUCACCUUGUCCAACCUGUCCAUCAUCAAGUACAUGGGCAUCGACUUGUUGGCCCAGACCUUCGGCUUCGAGGGUCUGGUCAACAGCCUGUGCGUCCUGGUGAUUGGUCCGCUCUUAGGCGUGAUCCGGGAUGUGUCAGGCAACUACGCGGCGAGUCUGUGGGUGAUGGCGAGCCUGGACCUGCUCAGCGCUGGUCUAUGGAUCCUCAUGCCCGCAGCACAAGCCAGGGACGCGAGGAGGUGAUGCCCAGAGAAACACCACCCUUACACAACCCUCAAAGUCGUAUUAUAAGACAUCUCAUCAUCCAAGCACACAUAUUUAACAAGACUUUCGUAGGAGUUGUGGGCGUUUCCAGGAGUAGUUUGAUGACCCUGGUGGUAGUAUGACCUUUCUUCUGUACCAUGAACCUGGAGAAACACUAAUUAGAACCCGAGUGACCCCCUCUUUGACCUUUAGUAAUAGUGUCCUACCGUGACCUGAUGUGGCUGAGACUCAAGAUCUAUAACUGUUGAUUUUCCUGACAUUUAUAUAGACAGGUCAGCAUGGUAGAGAGCUCAGGAACGUCAUCUAACCCUAUUGUAGUAGUAGUAGUAGUAGCAGCAGCAGUGGUUGGUCGGAUCGCCAAAGUCUGAGGUGCGCAUUAUCGUACCCUGGCAACUUGCUGUCCCAUGGCGUGUCAGAUUUCUUUGAUAAUGAUAGCAAUCGUCAGAGUCAUUUAUAUGCAGGCAAUAAUAACAAACACCGUUAAUUAUUGUAGUCGAUUUCCAGUAAAAGAAAUCAUUAGUACUGUCGCAGAUAGCUGUUCUGUUAAUUUGCAAAGAUCAAUGAUUAUACAAUUAUUAAACAGUUUUGACGCUGUCCGCCACCGAGAAAAUUAGCAGACUUCUUAUUAACAAAACUAUAUAAUAAUGUUCAGCUCAAAAUCGACUGUAAUUGAUGGUAUUUGUUAUUGUUCCCUGGAUAAUAUUGAUUCUGACAACUCUUUGUUUCCCAUGCGUAGGCUAUCAUUCAUUACUCGGGAUUGGGAACAGUAGGCUAAUAAUAAUAGUAAGAAGAAGAACAAGAAGAGAAGAAGAAGAAGGAGAAGAAGAAGAAAAAGAAAAAGAAGAAGAAGAAGAUGAUGAAAAAGAAGAAGAAGAAGUAGAAGAAGAAGAAGAAGAAGUAGAAGAAGAAGAAGAAGAAAAAGAAAAAGAAGAAGAAGAAGAAAAAGAAGAAGAUGAAGAUGAAAAAGAAGAAGAAGAUGAAGAAGAAAAUGAAGAAGAAGAAGAAAAAGAAGAAGAAGAAGAAGAAGAAGUAGAAGAAGAAGAUGAAGAAGUUGAGACGAAAACACAAACUCACAAAUCCGUCGUCUUUGUUAUUAAAAUGUUUCUUUCUUACUGUAUAAAUAUUUUAAUGUCUAGUAUACCUGCAUUACAUCAUCACUGUAUUCUGUAGCAACUUAAAACACUAGAAUGAGGUGAUAAAGAAACACACACACACUCACACACACACACACACACACACUUUCAACAGACAUUCAUUACUUUUCUAAUAUAUGCAUUAACUUAAAAAAACACAUUCUCUUAUAAUAUUUAGCUUCUGUAAUUGAGUUUCUUCUUUCUUCAAUAAAUCUACAUAACCAUAAAUAUAAUCAUUGCAUCUAUUGUUAUGUUACUGAGGCAUAUUACAUCAGUUAUCCUUUCACCUUAAGUGCAAUAUAUAUAGUAAAAAUUUUAAUCAGCAUCUUGUAUAUUAUAUAAAAAGAAAGAGAAUUAAGUUAUGCAAAGCUAUACAUAUAUUCUUAAGGAGUAUUAUGUGUGAACUGGCGGGAAGGGACACACACACACAGACACACACUAACACACACACACAC